UUGUUUUACUUUAAACCUUAAAUUUAAUUGCAUAAACUUAAUAGACUGAGAUGAAUUCGGUGUAACCUUAAACUUUUAAAAUAAAUUAAGGUAUUCACUAGAAUACAAUUUAACUAUGGAGAAAAACCAUUUGAGACUAGAGAUUUGAAUUUCGCUUUAUUAAACGUUUGUUUAUUGACCUACUUUCGUUUUAAAAGCGAAAGUAGAAAAAGAAAAUUCAACUAGCAGUGCUUCUAAAGUGACAAUAUAUAAUACAAAGAAACUAUGGGAACAUCGUGUAGCAAAUUUUGCAAGAAGACGAAAAAGAAAACGCAGUAUAAGAAAGAAGAACACAAGGAAAAGAACGGAAGGGAUCAUAAUAAACGAACUGAGGAAAAACAUCGGCCUGAACGAGGAAAUGGAAGCAAAGAAUGUGUGCAACCUACCCAGACAGAAAAUACUGAGACUGUUAGAAACUUUGCCAUCAAUAAUGGUAUAAAGCUCGAACUUGAUAAAGGAGAUGAAGAAAACAUGAAGCAAAACAACUAUAUCCCGCCAAAUAUCGGCAACAACAACUAUAUCCCACCAAACAUCGGCAACAACAAGGAAAAGGCAAAUGAGACCGGAGAAAAGGCGAAAGAGAAAAGAAAGGAACGAAAGGGAGAAGGUAAGAGGAGAAAUGAUAAGAAAAAGAGAAGAAGGAAGAAGAAGAAGAAACAUAAAUACUGGUCAGACAGUAGUGACAGCAGUUCGUCAAGUUCGUCCAGCUCAUCAAGCUCUUCUGAUGACGAUACAGGUAGGACUUCUAAGAGCCGACAAAAGAAGAUAGACAAAGAUGGAAACGUAACCUAUAUUAGAAACAAAACAACCAUUGGAAGUAGCAAAAUAUCGUUUAAAGCCGCCAAGAACAUAAAUAUUUACAACAAUGGAGUUAUAACUCAACCUAAGACAGCAGCCACUAAAAAGCCAGCCAGCCUAUUCACUACAGAAUACACGAGCGCAACAGCUUAUAAACAAGAAGAAGAAUUCAGGAGUAUGUUAGGACAGACCGCAGGCGCUGGACAAUUCAUUGAUCUACGGGGACACGAGAAUGUUCAACCAGUUAUUGAGACAAGGUCGCUUUGCGAGAGUUCUAAAUGGGUAGGGCAGAUACAAUUUCCAAAGGGCCACUGUACAUGCUUUAGAGUAGGCAGCAAAUAUAUAAUGACCACAUUACAUGCUGUGAGAGAAAUUCUCAAUACUUACAAUGAUUUCAUCUCCGUGAAAAGAAAACCUUCAAGUGGUCUUGAUUGCGAUCUGUCUGUUUUGAGUAACUCUGAUGUGAAGAUAGAUUUUAAUUUCGAAGUAGAAAAUCAGACGAGUCAUGACAUCCAUAAAUUUACCUUUAAAAGGAUAAAAACAGAGGAAGAAAUUCCAUUUCUAGAUGAAGCAACGGAUGUGAUAGUAUUGGAACUUGACAUAAAACCGGGACAAGUCGUCCCUCCUAAUUUUACCAACUUCGGAAUCCCGAAAUUAGACAGAUCAUUUACUCUCAUUACGCACUCAAAGGGCGACCCGAAGGCGUUUGAUAAAGUUAAUAAAAUGGUUGAUAUAAAUGAUCCAAAGACAAUUGAAGAUAUUGAAAAGCUCCGUCAACAGAGCCGAGAGUAUGUUUCGAGAAACAAUAAGGAUCCUUCAGUACAUACAUGUGAUACGCGUCCGUACAAUACUCUCGAUAAUAAAGAUAGAUUACUGUUUCACUGUGCAUCAGGGAAGGGAGCUUCAGGUAGUCCAGGUGUUCAGGUAACCUCUGACGGAAAGGUUGUAGUUGUAACGAUGUUACUGCAUGGUUAUCCGGACUGGUAUUAUGAUGAAAAAUGCAAAACACUGAAGAACGGUUGGCAAAAAGUAUACACAGUCGAACAAGGUGUAAAUUUUGCGUCAGUGUACACCACAAUAAUGAACAGAAAUAAACAACUGUGUGAUGACAUAUUUGUAGGGGAGGCUUGCGCUUUUAACAAGUCUUUAAAAGUUGUUCAGCCGACAGAUGCAAACUAGGCAUUUAU